GGUUUUGCCUUUUGAGAGAAACACACGUAAACAACGACUUGGACAUGUCUUCAGAAUUGAGAUAUACAGCCAACACACAGCUAGAGCAUUUGCAUGCUCGAUACACGGGAACCGGGCAUGCGGACUUGACGAAAUAUGACUGGCUGACGCAUCAGCACCGAGAUACACUUUCGUCCAUAGUAGGGCAUUCUACCCUGACUUCAUACCUUGCUAUUGCGGAUGGAGAAGCAACGGGACGCGUCAAGUUUGAAAUGACCGAGCGAAUGCUGCAGCCAUGCGGGCCGCCUCCCCGCAAAGAUGAUGAUUAGACAGCGGAGACAGCGUACUUGAAUUGCCAGUGUAUAUACAGUUUAUUCUGUCUAUAGAAACGUAUUGGUUCGUAUAUCUUCCGUCCGCUGCAAAAGACCGUAACACGGAACGGAUCCGAUGACCGGAAGCUUAGC